AUGACAGCAUAGUUUUGGCCAUAAAGCCAGCAUGCAGUCUCUGCCAUUCGUUCCUCCCGCAGCUAUUCCGCCACCGCUUCCUCCCGGCUGGUCUGAACAUACCAGUCCUACGGGACAGCUUUACUACUAUAAUGUGGUCACAAAAGAGUCUACGUAUACCAGACCCUUGCCCGCGUUUCCUAUACCAAAGAAGAAGGAAAAGCCGCUUGUCAAAACACCUAUCCCCGGGACGGACUGGCUUCGCGUGAAGACUACAGAAGGUAAUGUCUUCUACAGUCACAAGACCGAGAGACGGAGUCUGUGGACGGUGCCAGAUGAGAUUAAGGAAGCUGUAGAAGAGCUAGAAAGGCGGGAAGCGGAGGAGAGGAGGAGAGGGAGAGACGAGGAGGAGGCGAAGCGUAAGGCCGAGGAAGAGGAAAGGAAAGAGGCCGAGAGAGUGAAGGCAGAGGUAAAGGCUGGAAAGCGGAAAGCGGAGGUAGUACCGGUCGAGGAGGUGGUUAUCUCGAAAAAGGCGAAGAUGGAAGAAGAUGAGGCUGGGGCUAAAGAUGAAGACGACGACGACGAAGAUGAAGAUGAAGACGAGAGCGACAUGGAGGACUGGCAGCGCGAGGCGGCGGAACAGCUGGCCAAAGAGGCGGAAGAGGAGCAGAAAAGGCUAGAGGAGGUAAAGAAACGAGAAGAAGAAGAGGAAAAGGAAAGGAUGAAGGCAGAGGCUGAAACGCAGAAGAACAAGCCUUUGAAUAUGCCAGACAAGGUCGAUCUCUCCAUAGAUGAGGCGAAGGCUCUCUUCAAGACUCUCCUUCGCGAAAAGGAUAUCAACCCGCUGCACCCGUGGGACAGUGCCCUACCUCUGUUCGUGAAUGAUCCUCGCUAUGUCCUCCUUCCUUCGGUCUCUGUACGCAAGGAAGCGUUCGAUGAAUAUUGCCGUGACCGUGCACGCGAACUGCGACAAAGCAAGGUUAAGCAGGAGAAGGCCGCCGCGAACCCGAAGGAAGAGUUCGAGCAGUUGCUUAAAGAUGAGGUUAAGAGUACACGGACAAACUGGACAGAAUGGAGGAGGCAAUGGAAGAAAGAUCGACGAUUUUACAGUUGGGGCAAGGACGACCGAGAACGGGAGAAGAGAUUCAGAGAAUAUCUGAAGGAACUUGGUGAAAAGAAGCGUGCCGCUGCGCAGAAAGCUGAAUCCGAUUUCUUCGCUCUGCUCAAGGAAAGCGGUAUCUUCAUGCUCGGAGCUGUAUGGAAGGAUGUCAAGAAAAAGAUCGUCGAUGACCCUCGCUAUGAUGCUGUAGGCUCGUCGUCUCUCCGCGAGGAACUGUUCAGUACCUUCAUGAAGGCACAGGGUGUCGCUGCCACACCCACACCCGAGCCUGGCCAGGUUCAGGUCGACGGUAAUGACCAGGAUGAUCACGUUGAGGGUGAGACAGAAAAGGAGCGCAAACGUGAGGAACGAAAGGAACGUGCGGUCCGAGAACGUGAAGAAAAGAUCAAGGCCGAACGCAGCAAGCUUGACAUUGAGAUUGACCGUAGCAGAUCUGGUCUUAACAAGGAGGAAUCCGAGCUCGAGUUCAAGACUCUCCUGGUUGAUGCGAUACGUGACCCACAGGUCAGAUGGGACGACGUACUUCUGCAGCUGGAGAGGGACCCCCGCUUCACACGUUCAGUCCUGCCGCUUAAUCAGCGGCUCCAUUUGUUCCACACGCACGUUACGCAGCUCCGCACUAAACACCUUGGCAAUUUGCACGCGCUGUUCGCGUCCCACUCGCCAUCACUCAACGCACGGUUCGCCGAGCUGCCCGUGUCAUCGUUAGUCACCUCGCUACCGGCGACAAAACUUGGAUACGACGUGCAUGCGCUUGAGGACGAAUAUGAACGGUGGAACCGCGAGCGCGUUCAAGAAGCGAGACACGGGUUUGACCAGAUGCUUGCCGAGAACUCAUUUGUCGAGUUCUGGGGACGCUUAGGCAAGAUUGGUGGGCAGGGUGUCGACAAGAGCAUCAAGGCGGAUGAUAUUGGUGAAGAUGAUGAGGAAGUGGUCGAUAUGAAGGCACUAGCAAAAACUGUUGAUCUCAAGGAGAUGGUCAAGGUCCUGAAGAAUGAUAAACGAUAUCUGGUACUUGAUCAUAUCCCUGAACAAAGAGAACAGUGGCUGCGCGACUAUCUCGUGAACCUAUCAGCGCCCAAGCUAUCUGUCCACAUUCCGGAGUCUUCAUGAUGCGAACCGGACCCGUGAUGCACAGACUCCAUCUCUGCGCCCGUCCCCAGCGCCUGAUAGAAUGUUAUCAUGAUCACAUUGCCCUCCGCGCCUGUGCUUUUCAUUGCAUUGCAUCACAGCCUCUGCACUUGUUCUGAUCAUGUGCCCGCUGUUCUCACCUAACGACAAGUUGAUCUAAUGGCAGAGGCGACUACGAUCCUGACAGCAAUGCUAUUUAGCUAACGGACUAUCAGCGUGAUUAACAUGCCCUGCACUUUGUAAUAUUUACGAGCUUCGUCUAUGCAUCUCACGGUGGCGCUUUGCGUAAAGCAUUAC